AUGCUGAAUGCUUUAAGGUCAGUGACAGCUUCAAAAACGGCGUAUGCCCUCACGUCAAAGAGGUUCCUCUCAGGAUCGACGCGACUGGAAUAUCAAACGCGGUUUGUCAAUCGUUCGCGACCAAACCUUAGCACCGGUCAGCCGUUGUUCGAAACUAGACCAGAGCUUUUGCGACCUGGUGAACUCACGCCGGGGAUUACGGCAUUAGAAUAUUUUGAAAGAAGAGCCAAAUUGGCGGCCCACCUCCCGGCCAAGAGUUGUGCAAUCAUAGCUGGAGCACAGGUAAAAUAUGCAUCGGGCCCAGUUUUCUACCCAUUCCAGCAAAAUAAUGACCUCUUCUAUCUCACAGGGUGGAAUGAACCAGACUCCGUGAUGAUUUUAGAAAAGCCUACCAGCAAUAUCGAAGAUGUUGUUUUCCACCUCAUCGUUCCUCCAAAGGACACAUUUUCUGAACAGUGGGAGGGUGAAAGAACAGGAGCCGAGGGUGCAUGCGAGAUUUUCAAUGCAGAUGAAUCAACCGAUACUCGGCAAUCGUCGAUUUACAUCACAAAGAUCAUCAACAGAAACGAGAACAUAUACUUUGACAAACCACAAGACAAAAUGAAUUCUAGCGCAGAGGCUUUCUUUGGGUCGUUUUUCUCCAUAUCACACUCGCCUGCCUCUGUCGAUACAAUCACAAGUGUCAUCAAAAGCUCCGGAAAGAAACAUGUACGCAAGUUGAAGUCCAUAAUAGCCGAUUUACGUUCCAUCAAAUCGCCUGCCGAAAUAAGAGUCAUGAGAAGAGCAGGUCAAAUUUCCGGAAGAGCUUUUAAUCAAGCGUAUGCCAAAAAAUUUCGCAACGAAAGAACGCUACAGUCUUUUUUGGAUUACAAGUUUGUUGCGGGAGGCUGUGAUAAAUCUGCAUAUAUCCCUGUUGUUGCCGGUGGUUCCAACUCACUUUGUAUCCAUUACACCCGCAAUGACGAUGUUCUGUAUGAUGAUGAAAUGGUGCUCGUCGAUGCAGCUGGUUCGCUGGGAGGUUAUAGUUCUGACAUUUCUAGAACAUGGCCCGUUAGUGGGAAAUUUUCUGCCGCCCAGAGAGAUUUGUACGAAGCUGUCUUAAACGUCCAAAGAAAGUGCAUUAAUCUUUGCGCUGCCUCUAACAUGUAUUCGCUGAAUGACAUUCAUGAGAAAAGCAUUACUUUUCUAAAAGAAGAGCUCAAAAAUAUCGGCCUUCCUUCUUAUCAGAACUUCGACGUUUCAAAGCUAUAUCCCCACUACAUUGGUCAUAACCUGGGACUUGACGUUCACGACGUUCCCCAAAUAUCGCGCUUCUCGCCUCUUCGCGCUGGUCAAGUGAUAACAAUCGAGCCAGGUAUCUACAUUCCUAAUGAUGAGAGAUACCCCGCAUACUUCAGAAACAUGGGGAUUAGAAUUGAAGAUGACAUAGCCAUUGGAACCGACGGACACACGAAUCUCACAGUUGAAGCAGCUAAAGAAGUUAUUGAUAUUGAAAAUAUUGCACAACAUGGGGUCAGUACCAUAAUUGAGGAAGACGAAGUCUCUCCGCUAAAACACAUCGACUAA